AAGUGAUUUGGGACCCAGCGUUGCCUUGGUAAUUGCACGUGUGUGCUCCGGCCAUCUCCCUGCUCCCUGAGACUAGGGUUCCUUCCCCCUGAGACGGCGGCGACACCAGGAGCAGCAGGAAGGGAGGAGCGGCCGCCCCUGCUUGUGUGUUUUAGCCGAUCCGCUCCCGGGACCACAGGGAAGAGAGGCCGCGGGGAGCGCGGACCAGCCGCCCUCGCCCUGGAGAGGGCGGCGGGAGGAGCAGGCGGGAGCCCUUGCGGCUCUGCCGGAGGCUGGCGAUGGAGGAAGGGGCAGCAGACCUGCGACAAAGAAAGAAGCAAAAUUGCACAGAAACUGACAAAAUGGCUCCAGAUGAGAGAGAAAAAGAAAACCCAAACCUGGGAAAAUCGCCAAAAUAUGUCUUAUUUCAACGUUUUGCAAAGCUUUUCUUUGGCUGUGUCGCAGCUGUCACUAGUGGGAUGAUGUAUGCUGUGUACCUCUCAACAUACCAUGAACGGAAAUUCUGGUUCUCCAGCAGGCAGGAACUUGAACGAGAGAUUACAUUUCAGAGUGACAGUGCCAUAUAUUACUCAUUUUAUAAAGAACUGCUAAAGGCUCCUUCCUUUGAAAGAGGUGUUUAUGAGCUGACACACAACAAUAAAACUGUAUCGCUGAGGACUAUAAAUGCAGUGCAGCAAAUGACAUUGUAUCCAGAGUUGAUUGCCAGUGUUUUAUAUCAAGCAUCUGGUAGCGAAGAGGUUAUCGAGCCAGUGUAUUUCUACAUUGGUAUAGUUUUUGGAUUGCAGGGAAUUUAUAUGGCUGCAUUGUUUGUAACCAGUUGGGUUAUGAGUGGGACUUGGUUGGCAGGAAUGCUGACCGUAGCAUGGUUCAUUAUUAACAGGACAGAUACAACAAGAAUCGACUACUCCAUUCCUUUAAGGGAAAAUUGGGCAUUGCCAUAUUUUGCAUGUCAAGUUGCAGCUCUUACAGGCUAUUUAAAAAACAACAUAAAUUUUUCUGCUGAGAGGUUUUGCUACCUUUUGGUGAGUGCUUCAACAUAUACUUUCAUGAUGAUGUGGGAGUACAGUCACUAUCUGCUGUUUGUCCAGGCUGUCUCUCUCCUCCUGCUGGACAGCUUUGCCCUUGUGCAGACAGAUAAGGUGCAUGAAGUGUACAAAAUCUAUCUGUUCUCCCUGUUCCUGGGAUAUCUCUUACAGUUUGAAAAUCCAGCUUUAUUAGUAUCUCCAUUACUAAGCCUUGUAGCAGCUUUAAUGCUCUCUAAAUGCCUUCAGAUGAAUAUGAAAAAGGGCACAUUUAUUUCAAGGAUGCUAAAAAUAAUGUACUUUUACUUGGUAUUUACGAUAUCAGUGACAAUGAAUUUCUUACUGAAGACAUUUGUUCCCCAUAAAGAAAAUGAGCAUAUGUUGAAGUUCCUUGAAGUAAAAUUUGGAUUAAACACAACUAAGAACUUUACAGUGAACUGGCUUCUUUGUCAAGAAUCCCUUCAGACGCCAUCUCAAGACUUUUUUUUGCGGCUAACUCAGUCAUCUCUAUUGCCUUUUUAUAUUUUAGUAUUAAUUAUCUGCCUUUCUUCUAUAACUCAAGUCAUUUUUAGGAGAAUUAGUGGUGAACCACUCAAAGAAAAAAUUACAGUUGACGAUGGCCGAAUUGGAGAGAGGCCAGAGAUAGCUUAUCAUGUAAUCCAUACAAUGUUAAUGGGUUCUCUUGCAAUGAUGUCGGAAGGCAUAAAGUACCUGUGGACUCCCUAUAUGUGUAUGCUUGCUGCAUUUGGUGUAUGCUCCCCUGAGCUUUGGAUGACGCUUUUCAAGUGGCUUCGACUGAGAGCUGUACACCCAAUAUUGCUGGCUCUCAUUCUGAGUAUGGCAGUUCCAAGUAUAAUAGGUUUCAGCUUGUGGAAAGAGUAUUUUCCUAGGAUAAUGACAGAGCUUUCAGAACUGCAAGAAUUUUAUGACUCAGAUACAGUAGAACUCAUGAUGUGGGUAAAAAGACAGGCUCCUGUUGCUGCUGUGUUUGCUGGAAGUCCACAGCUAAUGGGUAUGAUUAAGCUGUGUACUGGAUGGAUGGUGACAAGUCUACCUUUAUAUAAUGAUGUUGAUCUUCUACAAAGAAAUGAGAAUAUUUAUCAAAUCUAUUCAAAAAGAUCUGCCGAGGAUAUUUAUAAGAUACUCACAUCCUACAAAGCCACCUACCUAAUUAUAGAGGAUUCAAUUUGCAAUGAGGCUGGACCUGUGAAAGGAUGUAGGGUUAAAGACUUAUUGGAUAUUGCUAAUGGUCAUGUGGUUUGUGACGAAGGUGACAGUUAUGCCUAUUCUAAAUAUGGACGAUUUUGUCAUGAGAUCAAAAUGAACUAUUCUCCAUAUGUGAAUUAUUUUACUCGGGUAUACUGGAACAGAUCCUACUUUGUGUAUAAAAUCAACACUGUGAUAUCCUUCCAAUCUUGAAAAAUCAUGGAGACUUCUUUUUGAAGAUUGACCAUGUAUGGAAUUAAUAGACGUUUCUAUUUUAAAAGUGGCUUUUUUGCAGAUCGAAGUGGGAUCAUGCAGAAUGCUCAUUCUGUUAGUUUACCAAACUGGAACUCUGUGGACUACAGCUCAACAAGCAAGAGUACUAUCCUAUAAGGAAAUGUGAGCACUAGUCAAUUUUACAGGCUCUACAAAGUGUGACCGUCUUCCAUGAUUCUUACAUUUGUCUUUCCAGUUUUUCCCAUUUUGAAUCAUCCUAAUUUUCAUGGAAAUAAAAUGUCUAAUUUAAAUAUUACAACAAAUAAUUAAAUAACUUCUAGAUGGACCUACUUUGGAAAAUACAGAUUUAAAUUCAAGUUGUUAUACAGCUUUCAUUUUUUAGCAUUUGAAACCAUCAAAGUGUCCCAAGUAAGAGACCAUGCAAAUAGUUUGACUUUCUGUUAAUAGGACUGUCUUUAACUAUGUGCAUUCCUAUUACACACACAUUCAAACAUUUUCUGGGUGUAGGUAUAGCAUUUUUUUAUGAGCCAAAUCCUGAAGAUUUUACUUAGACAAAACACCCAUAAAUUUGAAUUCAAUGCACGGAAAAGGGAUCCACCUACAUGGACAAGUUGGCAGGAUCAGGAUUUUAAUUUGGACUGAGCAGAUCUUUGGGAUUUUGGCCACGUUAGAUAACAUAUACUUAUUCAUUUUAAUAGAUAUUAUGUAGUUAGUCUUGGUAAAAUAUUGCCACAAAUUUUAUUUACCCCCCCCACACACACACACACAAUGAAGUCAUAGUAAAACAGUUGGUAACUACUUUUUAAAUAUAUGCAUAAUGAAUUAAGAGUAUACUGUCAUGGUAAUUUUUCAAAAUUUUAGAAAAUAUUUUGCCCCUAACUUUACUCCUUUCCCACAUCAUUCUAGUCAGUUUUCUUAAUGAAUUCUCUAUUUAUGAAAUUUAUUUUGUUGCUUCUUGCUGUGCUUCUGCUAUAAUGGAUGUUUGUUUGCAUCAUAUUUUUGACCUGAUCUUGGAGUCCUGAAACAAAACACUGCAAAAGAAAUGAACAUCUUGCCUGAGGACUGCAAAACCAUUCCUGCUGUGUCUGCUGGAAAAAUGUAAAUCCAAAGAAUUCAACUUCUAUGAAGUGAGCAUAUACAGCAAGAAUAUGGUGCACGUGUAUGCUUACCAUUUCCUCUGUGCACAUAGGUUUAUUUAUUGUUAUACUAACAGUGCUGCAUUAUCAAACAACUCUGGAGUGAUCUUUUUUUUCAAAAUGCUUUAUUGUUGCAAAUGUCAUCAUAUCUGUAGUCCAGUUUUCAUUUCUAGAUGUGCUAAUUUUUGAGGCCUGAAAACCUUGACAAUGUUUUAAAUUAUCCACUUUAUUUGAAACCAUGGCUCAGAUAAAUCCAUUAAACAAAAUAAUAAUGGGCUUGGUGAUCUGACGGAAAAAUGUUUUUUAGUAUAAUUGAGUGACAGGGUAUAGUAAGUAGCCUUAUAUCAGAUGUAGCCUUGACAUAUCCAUUAUAUUAAGAAUGGGUGUGGGUGUUUGUGUAUUGUAUAUGAAAUCCACUCACAAUAUGCACUAUUUGUGUGUUUAUACACAAGUGCAUAUGUGUAUCUGCACUGAACAUUUUUCAGACUUUCCAGUCACUACAGUAAUCUAAUGCAUUAUCUUCAGCUACUGGAAGCUGUGGGAACCUUUUAGUGGUCUUUUCUGUGUGUGAUAGAAUGAAUGUAGAUGUAUUUAAUAUGUUGAAAUAACUCUAGAACUCCAUAUGCAGUUGGAGUUCAUUAUGAUUGACUGUCAGGGAUGUCAUACCUGUGUCUCAUUCCUAGUAAAUGCAUGAGCCUAAAUGUUCAUGAAUUCCAUUUCAUAAUAGCAAUAAGGCAUUCCAGGUAGUGAAUUUCAGGGUGACUGUUGCACUCCUUGGUGGCUGAAGUCACUUAGCCAAUGGCCUCAUGCCUUAUAACAGCAUUCAAUGUGCAAUAUUUUAAUUACCCUGAAUGGACUGCAUAUUGUGUUUUAUGCAGUACUAUGAGUGUAUAGUACUGAGUAGUACAUAGUGUGAAUACAUACACACAGAAUACAUAUGUAUAGAAAAAUACAGCUAACGCCCAUUCUACACAUCUGAAAAUAAAUCCCACCUGUAGCACAUUGGCCUUUAUACGUUUGAAUAGACAUGUUAGCUCUUUUUUGAACUGUGAUAUAAUAUUGUUAAGUGUUGUCAUUCUUUUUAAGUAGUGAUGCUACUUCAGUUGAUUCUGCUUUAGGAGAAUCAAAAUCAGGAGGAUUUUUUUAUGUGUUCAUUAUUAUUUUUAUGUAUAUAUAUAUAUUAGAAAAAAUUGUAUCACAGUAGCAUUGGGUUAUCAAGCUAAAGAAAAUAGAAAAAGAGUCUUGUAACUGUGGGAAAAUGUAGCCAUUGUAAUCCCUGUAAAAAGGCAAAAAUAUUUAAAUAAUUAACCUAAAACUUUGGUUUGAACAUCCAAUCCAGUUGCUGACCUGCUUAUGAAAUAGCCAAAAAAAAAAAAAAAGUGUCAUCUACUAAAGGUCUAUUCUAUUUCCCACUUUUUGUGUAGAACGCAAGUUCUGCGGUGUUCUGGGAAGGAUUAAAUAGGGCUUUUCAUACAAGUAAGCUGCAGUUAUGCCCUAAUUUGCUUUCCAGCAUAGGUCACUAGCAUUACAAGCCAACUAAAUGAAUAAAAACUCAUAGUUGUGAGGGUGGGAGAACAUACUGAAAAAUCACAUCUGUUUUACUGUAGAAGUUGCAAUCCAGUUGAAAUAUGUGCCUUGAAAGCUUUAUUAAACAAAAUCUUUCAAUUUG